AUUCUUUUGAUUGAAGUUUGUGAUAUUUAAUGUUUGACAAAUUUCCCGCUAAAACGAUCCAGUGACUUUAUUAACGUUGAUUAAUCUCAGAGCACUCCGAUUUAGUAGAUAACUAGAUUCAGUGAAAACUACUGAAAACGUGUUCGCUGUUUUUGACGUGAGUCAAGUGUAGAAAAAUAUUGGACAACAAUGGCGGACGAGGAACUACCAGCGGGUUGGGAAAAACGCUUGAGCAGGUCUACCGGGCAGCAUUAUUAUUUAAAUAUUUAUACUAAGGAAAGUCAAUGGGAUAGGCCAGACAAACCUGCAGAUCCAUCUGGCAGUAGCAAAGGAGAUGGCCCAGAAGAAGUUCAGUGCUCUCAUUUAUUGGUAAAACAUUCAGGUUCACGCAGGCCAUCUUCUUGGCGAGAAGAAAACAUCACACGAACAAAAGAAGAAGCACUAGAGCUUAUUAAGUCUUACAGAGAACAAAUUGUAUCUGGGAAAGCAACAUUUGCCGAGUUAGCUUCAAAGUAUAGCGAUUGUAGUUCAGCCAAACGAGGUGGGGACUUGGGACCGUUUAGUCGAGGGGCUAUGCAAAAGCCUUUUGAGCAAGCAGCAUUUGCCCUAAAAGUUGGCGAAUUGUCAUCUCCUGUGCAUACGGACAGUGGUAUUCAUAUUAUCCAGCGAACAGCAUAAAGAAGAUUAACCUCGAAUAAAGUAUUGAACCCUUCUGAAAACAGUUCCCACAGUUUUGCUGAUAAUAUGUGUUUGAAAAAA